AUGUUAAGCUCGCCAGCCACUCAAACUAAUCAGCUGUUUGUAAAUGAACAAAUAAUUCGACGCGAAGUCCAAGAGCGCAAAAAGAGAGAAAAUAAUAUAAUUAUAGUUGGCAUAUCAGAACAAAAUUUUACCAGCACCGAAGAGCGGAUCCUCAAAGACGAGGUUGAGGUUUUAAACAUUACUUCAAUAAUAGAAAAAGAUAUUCCGAAACCAAAUAAGAUUUUCCGCAUUGGCAAGUAUAAUCCAGGAAAACAACGAAGGGUUAAAGUCUGCUUUGACAAACCAGAGACAGCCAAGGUACUGAACAUUUUUUCGGACCGGCUCAACAAAAAUGAAAUACUUCAUGAAGAUAAAAGAUGA